UCUCGUCGUCAUCAUCCCCACAGUGCAAUAACCACACUCCGAGUUGCUACCUAACAUACAUAAUAUACCUCGAAGUCAUCCCUGACCGCUAAUCAGAAGCCUAGUCCCACCCAAGUCUUUUUCCACCCGACCAAUUACUACUUACUGCCACGAGUUCAACUCGCUCCCCCCCCUCCCUCCCCUCUUUUUAUACUCCACCCCUCCGGCCCCUCCAGCGACUCUAACCAUCUAACUGCAACCCAUUCUUUGAUACUUCCCCCCCUCCCCGACCUAGCGUUACCUUCUACAAAUGCACCGCCAACGGAUUGACGACCGUCGUCGUCUGCCUGCAAAUUUGACUUAUCCUCGUAGAUACAGCCCGAAACCGAGGUGGCUGUUGCGCACCUACCCCCUCCCCCUCGAAUUCCUACCCUCACCAAUAUAUCCCCUCUUGGUUUUCUUCACCGCCUCACUUUUGGGUUACCAAGUUAUACACAAGACGUCAUUCGAUCGUCCUCGCGGUCGUCUGCCAGUAAACCUCUCGACAGGCACGCUACGGCCAGCGCUUCCAGUAGCAAUAAUAGUCUUCCCACAGAAUCGGCACUUUUGUCAUCAUCCUCGGUAUCUUCAUAUUGCAGUCAUAAACAACGAAAGAGUGCUAGCAGGUCUACUGCUCCGUCUUCCUCGUCGUCGUCCUCGUCGUCAUCUCCGUCUCCAUCUCCUAUCCGACGUGAGAGUCCGCUGGUUACGUCUAUACCUUUACCGUCGGUUCCGCAGAUCCCACUCUCAUCUCGAAGAUCACAUCCUUCCAGCUCCACUCCUCCUAAACUUUCUGCAUCAUCAAUAUUGUCAUCGUCAUCGUCAUCCCCAUCGUCAACUCCAUCUCCAGCGUGCCCAACAACUAACAACCACCGGAGUCAAAAAACAGCCUAUUCAACGACGUCAUCCCGUUCUUCUCCUCACGUCCCCGUCUCCGUAUACGUCGAUUCGCGUAAACAACCGCCACCACCGGGACCAGGCGUGACGCGUGAAUAUGCCAUCGUAACGAUCAUUCCCGGAAAGGAACCAUCACUUGAUGGGGAGUAUUCCGAUGAAGAUUGGUUACUUUACGAGUAUUCCUCUUCUGGUGAACACUCCAG